AUGCAAAGCUCCAUUGUCCUCCUGGCCUGCUGGGUCCUAUCCAACGAACUUCUGGCCAAGUCCUCCUUCAAACUUGAUGAUCACAACUUAAAUCGGCGAUUGCCUAACGGAAAGCCACAUAUAGGCUCACGAACUCGGCGGUCCUUAGUAGAACGGGAAUACGCACCCACCAGUGAUUAUGCAUCGGCCUCCGUUGAGACGUCUUAUCAAGCUCGCCCAACCUCGAGUGACAGCUAUGCCGCCGUAUCCUCAGCGAUUGGAUUUGAUGCCGGAUACACCAGCGCGCCAGUGAAAAGUGCAGCACCGGCUCCCGCCGAAUCGCUCUCGUUUGUUCCGCAAGCUGCCCCCACAUCUGUGGCUGCAACCGCUGUGGCUUCGGGUCAACCCGCUCCAUUACCUUUGCCUUCAGCUCCUUCUUGUGACAAGACUCACACCAAAUCUGAGGUCAACAGAUUGCUUAUCCAAAGUGAAGCCCAGUUGAAGGUGUCUGCGGAUUCAGUUCAAGCCCUUGUCAAGCAGGUUACCAAGGACAACGCCCAGGAGGCUGGAUCCCAGAUCGCCACCGAUCUCAAAGCAAUUCUCGCUGUAUUGAAACUCUCCUUAAGUAAUGUCCAGCUUUGUGGCUCGGAUGCUAAACCCCUUUCCACAGAUAAGGGAAUUGCUCUUUCGGAUGUAUCUUGGUCUGCAUUCCAAGUAGUUUUGACACUCAAGGGCGUGUUUCAAUCGGUAUCUGGUCUUUACAAGCCUUUCCCAGUCAUUAAGACUUUGUGCAGUGAUUCCCUCCUGGCGAUCUCUACAGCACUCGCAAGUUUAAUCGGGGCCUGUGGAGAACAAAUCAACCUGUUUGACACCCGUUUCUUCCCGCUGGUAACUCCACAGCUGGAAGAGUUCACAGGUCUCGACGACAACUUUGUUUCAUUCGUUGGGUCGUUCACGUCGUAA